AAAUUGUUUUUUUGUUUUUGCUAUUUGCAAGAAAUUAAGUAUCAUUUGUUGUUUUUCUUAGCGCUCCUGGCGAUUCCUGUCAAAAUGCAGUCUACAGGAUGCAACGGCGUCAGCUGGCUGCGGCAAUGCGUGCUGCAAGCCGCCAGGCGAAACUACGCCGCCAGCGUCAACGUAACGCCCGCCGGCAGCAUGGGAAAAGAGGAACAACAUUUGCCACCCGCGACGCCAACGAAAUCCCUCGAGAAGAUGCGUGGAUGGCAGAUGCACAGCUAUGGCGAUAUUGAUGAGCUGCUGCUGUCCGACAACCUAAAGACACCCCAAAUACGCAGCUCCAAUGAGUGCUUGGUGCGUGUGCGGACAACUGCCGUGAAUCCCAUCGAUUUGGCCAUGCUCCGUGGCUAUGGGGCCACAGUGUUGAACAAACUGCGCUGCCAGCCGGGCGAUGGCAUUGAAUUUCCGCUGACAUUGGGCCGCGAAUUCUGUGGCGAGCUGGUGCAGAAGGGCAUGGCCGUGACAUCCGAGGCACUCAAGCUGGGUGCGCGUGUGUGGGGUGUCGUGCCCGUGCAUGCCAGUCCUGGUGCACAUGCCGAGUAUGUGGCUGUACCCUCAUCCUGUCUGGCUCCAGCGCCCAAGCUGUUGGAUGACAGCGAGGCAGCCAGCGUGCUGUAUGCGGGGUUGACUGCCUGGUCGGGUCUCUACAUAACUGGCGGUCUGGGUGGUGUGUGUGGUGCCACUACAUCAGCUGGCGGUGGCGCACAUAAACGCGUACUGGUCCUAGGCGGCUCUGGUGGUGUUGGCACUUUGGCCAUUCAAAUCCUCAAGUCGCAGGGCGCUCAGGUGCUGGCCACUUGCAGUGAGAAUGCCGUGGAAAUGGUGCGCGGACUGGGCGCCGAUUUCGUUGUGGACUACAAGAACAGCGAGGCCAUGGACGAGCUGUGCAAGUACGCGCCCUACGACAUUGUCUUGGACUGUGCGGGACACGGGGGAGCGCAUGCAGCGGACUUGAAAUUUGAUUACCGGCAAUACAUAACCUUCUCCUCGCCACUGCUGGCCAACAUUGAUCAGCAGGGCCUGGGGCUGGGUGCCAUCAAGAAUAUGGUGGACUUGGUGCAGACAAAUGUGAAAUCCCUGACGCAGCGGGGGGGACUCGUGAAGUGGGGCUUCUUCAAUCCGGCACCGCAUGGCAUUGCAUUCCUGCAGCAACUGGUGCGGCAGCGUAAGCUGACGCCGCUCAUUGACAGCAGCUUCGGGUUUGAGGAUAUGCCAAAGGCCUUUGAGCGCAUGAAGAGCGGACAUUUGCGUGGCAAGAUUGUGGUGAAGCUUUAGGGCGGGGCAACAUGCGACUGAUUCGAUUUGUUAUUGCUGUUUCAUUAAACAUUUUCUCUGCUGUUAGUUAA